AUGAAUUCUACAAUCCCAUUUCUGGACCUUAAUCUAUAUCCUGAUCCCAGAUCAUCUCCUUCAACCACCACCUUAAUUACACCAAAAAUUGAGCCAAAACUUGAACACAUAGAUGAACCACCGCCACUUCCGCCGCCGCCAAUCACCGCCAAUUCACAAUCUGACCUCCAUCUCUCCAUCCCGUCACCGUCAACUCCGUUUCCUUCUUCUUCGUCUGAACCCGAUUUGUGCUCUGAAUUUCACCGCAUUUCCGAGCUCUUCCGCUCAUCUUUUUCCCAGGGCGUUCAGAGGCACGGCCAGCUCUCUGUUCUCCCCGAGUCGGAUCCCAAUUAUGGGGCUAUCGUCCAAGUUGCAAACAAUGACGCCCAGCUGUCGGCUGUUGUAAUUUCGCCUAGGGGAACCCGCAAGUACCCUCAGCGCUCCUCUGAGCUAGUCCGGGUUACGGAUCUUAAAGCUGAUGACCAUCGAUACUUCCGGGACCUAAUCCGGAGGUCCAGGAUGCUCUUUGACUCCCUGCGUAUAUUUUCUACCUCAGAGGAUGAUAAACACCGUGAUUAUCUGGUCCCUCAGAAGAGGACAAGGGGAGAUUUGAAGGCGGCUGCACUAAUGAGGGAUGCGGGUUUGUGGUUGAAUCGCGAUAAGAGGAUUUUGGGCGAUAUCCCUGGUAUAGCAAUUGGCGAUGUGUUCUUUUUUAGGAUGGAGUUGGUUGUUGUCGGGUUGCACGGUCAUCCUCAAGCUGGGAUUGAUUAUGUUCCGGCCAGUCAGAGCUCUAACAGAGAACCGAUAGCCACCAGCAUUAUUGUUUCUGGGGGUUAUGAGGAUGAUGAGGAUUCAGGAGAUGUGAUAAUUUAUACUGGGCAUGGUGGACAGGACAAACAUAACCGGCAGGCAAUGCACCAAAAGUUAGAAAGUGGUAACUUGGCCAUGGAGAGGAGCAUGUAUUAUGGCUUGGAGGUAAGAGUCAUUCGCGGUUUUAAGUAUGAAGGUAGUGCUAGUGGUAAGGUUUAUGUUUAUGAUGGAUUAUACAGGAUAACUGACACUUGGUUUGAUGUGGGGAAGUCAGGGUUUGGGGUUUACAAGUUCAAGCUUGUUAGGAUUGAAAAUCAGGUGGAAAUGGGAAGUAGCCUAAUGAAGUUUGCGAGAAAUCUUAGGGUACGGCCACUGGAAGUGCGUCCUAAAGGUUACGUCACACUUGAUUUAUCUAGAAAAAAGGAGAAUGUGCCGGUAUUUUUCUUUAAUGACAUUGAUGAAGAUAUUGGGCCAGUUUAUCAUGAGUAUCUUAUUACAACCAUUUUCCCAUCGUAUGUGUAUAAUUAUGGGAAUGGGGCGGGAUGUGAAUGUACUGGGGGGUGUUCGGAUAAUUGCUUUUGUUUUAAGAAAAAUGGGGGUGAGUUUGCCUAUGAUUCGAAUGGGAUUCUGGUGAGGGGAAAACCAUUGAUUUUUGAGUGUGGGCCUCAUUGUCGUUGCCCUCCUAGUUGCCGUAAUCGUGUGAGCCAAAAGGGGAUUAAGAAUCGGUUUGAAGUGUUUAGGUCUAGGGAGACACAAUGGGGAGUGAGGUCAUUGGACUUAAUCCAAGCUGGCUCUUUUAUUUGUGAGUAUGCAGGAGUUGUUCUCACUCGUGAGCAAGCCCAGAUUUUCACAAUGAAUGGUGAUAGUUUGAUUUAUCCAAGUCGUUUCGGUGACAGAUGGGCAGAGUGGGGGGAUUUAUCACAAAUAUUUUCUGACUAUGUUCGACCAUCAUAUCCACCAAUUCCUCCUUUGGAUUUUGCCAUGGAUGUAUCAAGAAUGAGGAAUGUGGCAUGUUACAUGAGCCAGAGUUCAAUUCCAAAUGUUAUGGUACAACCUGUGCUGUACGAUCACAAUAAUGUAUCUUUCCCCCACCUUAUGUUAUUUGCUACAGAGAAUAUUCCUCCUAUGAAGGAGAUUAGUCUUGAUUAUGGGGUUGCUGCUUAUUGGAACAUCAACGUGAUAAGACGUAAAAUGAUUAAGUGUGCGGGAUUCUUUUUUCCAGUUGACAUAGACUAA